AUGGUUUUCGAAAUUAAAGAUUUUAAGUUCACAGAUUUUCUUUUUUCCAUUGCGUUCAUUUUCUUUAUCUACAUCUUCCAAUUUUAUUACAAAUAUUUUACUCGCCCGAACCCUCUUCCCGGUCCUCUACCCUUACCAUUUUUUCAAAAUGAACUUAAUUUUAAAGGUGACUUAAGAGAAUAUAAUUUGUCUCUUAAAAAAAAAUAUGGUGGUAUUUGUGAAGUUUAUUUAGGCGGACAUCGAAGAAUUAUAUUAUCGCGUCCGGAAUAUGUUGAAAAAUUAUUAUCUACAUCAACAAAACAUACUACUUUUUCAGCAAGAACGCAUCAUGUACAAGGAUUAGAAGAACUUAAAGUAUUAGAUAAAGGAUUAUUAUUUAAUAAUAAUCUGAAGAGUUGGAGGUUUAAUCGUCAGUUUUUUACACAAGCAAUCCUAACUCCUAGUUUUAAAAAUGAUGCUGUCUCAUGGUCACAUAAACUUUUUGAAGAGUUGGAUGGUUAUUGGAAAUCCCUUGCAAGCAAUACAUCAUACGAUAACGAACAUGAUUGGUCACUCGAGGUUGAUUUUUCACAAUGGCUUCAUAGAUUUUCUUAUGAUAUAGUCGUAGUCUUAACUACAGGUGAACGAUCUUAUUCAAUGGCAAGUUAUUAUAACUCUCUUAGUACAACUAAAAUUCAGCUACCAGGCGAAUUGAUCGAGAAUUCUGAUAAAUUUGUAAAUGAAGUUCGCAAUCAUAUACUUGGGCUUCCAAUAUUUAUGAGCAUAAGUUCAUUCAUGCGUAGUUAUAGUCCAUUUAUUAAAAACAAAGCAAUUUCAUUAUUAAAAAAUCGGGAUUGUUUAUUCGAAAGGUUAGACUGUAUAAUUAAGCGACGAAGAAAAGAAAUUGAAGAAACAACUGAGAACACUGAAUUAAGAAAUGAUAUGUUGACAUAUUUAAUUACUGCUAACACUAAUCGAAAUAGUAAUAGAAUAAAGCCUAUUGAAGGCGAAGAAAUGAGACCUAUGACAGAUGAAGAAAUAAGAAUAAAUUUAUUGGAUGCCUUUGUAAAUGGAACUGAUACCACCGCAAAUCUAUUUUGUUUCAUAACUUAUCAUCUUUGUCAUAAUCCUCAAGUAAAACAAAGAGUGCUCGCUGAAAUCGAUAAACACUUUCCUUCUAAAACUAUUCACGAAAUUACUUAUCAAAAUCUUUCCAAGCUAAAGUUUUGUGAAGCUGUAAUCAUGGAAGCAAAUAGAUUAACACCAACUGUGAAUAACCUAACAAGAUAUUCAACAGAUGCUUGUGAAAUAGCUGGUUAUAAAUGGGAAAAAGGUCAAUAUUUUGCAAUGAAUAUUAUUGGUUUACAUUUAAACGAAGAUUACUGGGAUGAUCCCGAAGUUUUCAAUCCAAAUCGAUUUUAUCAUAAUUCUAACGAUGAUACUGAGGAUGUUGAUGAUACAGUGAUGUUAAAACAUAAAUAUUCUUUUUCUAUUUUUGGUGGUGGACUUCGUACAUGCCCAGGUAGAAAAUUAGCAAUGAUAGAAUUACUUUCUUUAAUGACAUUAGUUUAUGGAAAGUAUGACUUCGAAUUGUGUAAUAUGAAUGAAGAAUUGAAAAUCAAGUCUGCAGCUAUCACUUCUUGUCAAGAGUUGAAAGUUAUAAUUAAGCCUAGAAAAUUAUAA